UCAGUCUCAGGGGCGCUAAUACCUUCGUCGGUGCUGCGCCGUAUCUUAACCAAGUAACUCUCAAACUCGAAGCAGAUUAGUAGGUGUUGAUUAGGUACCCAGUUUGAACGUGUUUACUUAUUAUAAAGACAAAUCAUCAUGGGCGAUCGUUAUAAUAUUCAUUCACAAUUGGAACAUCUGCAGUCAAAGUACAUUGGAACAGGGCAUGCUGACACCUCGCAAUUUGAAUGGUGUGUGAAUCAACAGCGAGACACAUAUGCUUCCUUCAUGGGUCAUUUUGACAUGCUGAAUUAUGUGGCCAUCUGUGAGAAUGAAACAAAGGGAAGAAUCAAGUUCUCAAUGAUGGAAAAAAUGGUCCAGCCAUGCGGACCUCCUCCUGAGAGACCUGAAGACUAAGGCAGUGAUAAAUAUCAAAGUAUUUUCAUGAAUAAAGUUUUUAUCUU